AUGGCUCUUAGUGCGCCAUCGUUGCAAAGCAAUGGUACCUACGGCCAGCUGAACGCUGUCCUAGGUACCGACAUUUCCACAUUCUUAGCCAAAUUCAGCAUCUGGCAGGUGGUCAUACUGUUUCUUUGUUUUUCUUGGGGUGCCUCAUCAGUUACGACAAGCCGCAGAAUUAGGGUUGCUGGAGCGCCUGUGCAUGGCUACUGGUCAUGGUUGGAGCCGACAUGGUUCUUCGAGAUGAGGUACUGGAAGGACGCCCACAAAACCAUCGUGACUGGCUAUCACAAGUAUAAAGAUUCUCCAUUCGUGCUUCGUCGUCAGGAUCACGAUAUAACAAUUCUCCCAACCAAGUACAUCAAUGAGCUUCGAAAUAUUCCCACCGCGAAACUUAGCCGAGGAAAAGCUAACUCUUUGGAAUGGGGCGAUCAAUGGGCCAUGCACAAUUUGUGGGCACAUAGUGACUGGUCGAUCAAGGCGAUUUCGGAGAAUAAGGGCGGCCAGAUGGUCAGAUAUUUCGAAGCAAUUAGGAAAGAGCUUGAUUACACCUAUGGUGUUGAGAUGCCUCAAAUAUCCACAGACGACUGGACUGAAAUUAAUAUUCAGCAUGUCAUUGCCAAGAUUUUGAUUCGCAUAAUUGGCAAAAUGAUAGUUGGAAAGCCAGCUUGUCGCAGCGAAGAAUGGCUUCACCUUGGGGGACACUUUACUGAGGACUUUGUCGCGGCCGCCAUGAUCAUGAGAGUACUGCCAAAGUGGCUUCACCCGAUAUUCACGAAUAUCAUCCCUCAGAGACGGGGGCUGAAGAAUGGUAUAAAAGAAGCUCGUGCGAUUAUCGAUCCAGUUCUAGCCCGACACGAGGAGACCAAAAAGAAAAGAGCCAAGGGAAUGGAAGUCGACGAGGAAGAUUGCAUGUUGAACUGGGUUGUUGACAACGCGAAUAUGGAUGAGGUGAAGGACAUACUGCCCCAAAUCGUGCUUUCCAUGUUUGCCCCCGCAGCCCACACUACGGCUAUGGCCAUCUCAAACUUGCUUUUUGACUUAUGUGCCCAUCCUGAAUGGUCCGAGAAGCUUCGGGCUGAAGUCAUUGAUGUUACGAAAGAGUUUGGUCCUGUGGGCCAGAGAUUGCCAGUCAAAGAAUGGACCGGAAAGCUUGAGCUUAUCGAUGGUUUCUUCCAGGAGAGUCAGAGGAUGAGUCAACCUAUAUCAAUUACACCCAACCGAUAUGCACAUGAGACCGUCAAAUUCAAAGAUGGCCUGACAUUACCCAAAGGCGCAUUAAUCGGCUUCGUCGCCGUCCACAACCAGAUCGAUCCCGAGAUUGCACCAAGCCCAGAAACCUUUGAUCCAACGAGAAGCAUUCGCAAGAGGCAUUCCGCGCCGCUUGAGGAGAGAGAAAAGCAUCUCGCUGGACACUAUACCAAAGAGAACUUGGCUUUUGGAUAUGGCAGCCAGGCGUGCCCCGGCAGAUUCUACGCCGUCGCUGUCCUUAAGAUGGUAGUAUCCAGGAUUGUUAUGGACUACGAGGUCAAGUUCAAGCCAGGCCACUCGAAGCCGACCAAGUAUCAUUUUCUAGAGUUCAUCCUCCCCGAUCCCACUGCAACACUCAUGAUGCGGAAGAGAAAGUAG